UCUCCAAAACUCAAGAGACAAAAAAAAAGAAAACUAUAUAAACUAAAAGUAAGAAAAAAAAAGGAUGGGGAACUGUUUAGUAAUGGAGAACAAAGUAAUAAAGAUAAUGAGAAAUGAUGGGAAAGUAGUUGAAUACAAAGGACCAAUGAAGGUUCAUCACAUCCUCACCCAAUUCUCUCCUCACUACUCUCUCUUUGACUCGCUCUCCAACAAUUGUCAUCUUCAUCCUCAAGCCAAGCUUCUCUGUGGUCGUCUCUACUACCUCUUGCCCAUGGACACGUCUUCCACAAUCAAGACCAUCAAGAAAGUCAGGUUUGCAAAUCCAGAGGUGGAAAAACAAGAAGAACAAGAACAAGAACAAGAACAAGAUAGUUUCAUAGGUUCUUGUGACAACACCAUGGAGAAGACUAAUGGUUUUGUGAGAGUCAAGAUGGUUGUGAGUAAGCAAGAGCUUGAGAAGCUGCUCGAAGGAGGUUCAGUUCAUGAUAUGGUUUAUAGGACUCUUGCUAAGCAACAUCUGUGUGAUGAUGAUGAUGGUGAUGGUGGUGAGGAUGAUGAGUGUCAUAAAGGUUGGAGACCUUUGUUAGAUAGCAUUCCUGAAACUGAUUAGCCCAUAGGAUGUUCCAUAUAUGUAUAUGUAUAUGUGACAUAUACUUAACAUAUACUCAAAGCUUUUGCAAAAGAGAAAAAAAGAAAGAAAAAAAACAUGUAAUUACCAUAUAUAUAUAUAUACUGUUCCCACU